AGUGGGUGUUUCUACAUUUGUGAGUGUCACUGUUCACCGUUCAAUUUCAAAAAAAUCAGAUCUGCUUUUGAUACUCUUGCAGUUGCGGUCGCUCAUCCACUCUUUCACUCGACCAAGAUCAGCUUUGAGUGUGACAAUGCCGUCUACCGAAAGCGAUCUCGAUCUCCGACGUUCAUCUCUACAGCCAAGUAAUCUUGGCGGAGCAAUCAGCAAUGAGUACAGUUUUGCUGAUAUCAAUAAUUUGGAGCACUGCGCUAAGUACCUCAAUCAAACGCUAGUUACCUUUGGAUUCCCUGCUUCGCUUGAUCUCUUCGCCAAUGACCCAGUUUCAAUCGCAAGGACUUGCAAUUGUGUAUAUGCUCUGUUGCAGCAGAGACAGAGGGAUAUAGCAUUUAGGGAGUCUGCAAAUGAGCAGCGACAGCGACUUCUAUCAGACAUAUCAAGGCUAGAGUCUAAAGUCGAGAGGCUGGACUUAGAGUUACAAGGUAAAGAUAGGGAGAUAGCGACACUUACAAGAGAGAAUGCUAAAGCUGUUGCAGCAUUUAAGGCCCAGAUUGAUAAGUUGCAGAAGGAAAGAGAUGAAUUCCAAAAAAUGGUUCUUGGUAAUCAGCAAGUAAGAACUCAGCAAAUAUAUGAGAUGAAGAAAAAAGAAAAGGAGUACGUAAAGUUGCAGGAGAGGUUAAAUCAAGUAGUAAUGGAGAAAAAGAAGGAAUCUAGAUCAGGCAUGGAAAUAAUGAACUUACUUCAGAAAGAAGGAAGACAGCGGGGGACAUGGAAUGCGAAGAAGGCUGAUAAUGACUUCUAUAAGAAAAUUGUGGAUGCUUAUGAAGUAAAAAAUCAAGAACUUGCAGCAGAAAAUGCUGAUUUGAGGGCAUUGCUACGAUCAAUGCAGACAGACAUGCGUAAGUUCCUGAAUGCUCCAAAUGGCUCUUCUAAACAGUCUCCAGUCAAUGAAAGGCUAGAAUCAGAUCCCUCUCAGUCUCCCUUGGGUGGCAGAACAGAUGUAUUUGAUCUGCCUCUGCACAUGGCUAGAGAUCAAAUUGAAGAAAGUCUCCGUAACAAGAUGGCUUCCAUUAAGGAGCGCGUGAUUCAGCUCCAAGAAGCACAAAAGGGGGCAGAAGUUACUACAGAAGUGUCAGAAAGAGAACUUGAGCUGGAAGCGCAGCUUGUUGAGGCUAGGAGCAUUAUCCAAGAGCAGGCAUCAAUAAUGUCUAAGCAUCUUGCAAAUUCUGAGAGGCCAAGGAGAUUAAGUGGGCAUUUGAAUUCUGAACAAUCUGAGGGGCUGUGAAGUGUAAGUUUGUGAAGUAAAAUCUGUCUUGAUAUGACAUGGCGGCAGCACAUUGAAUUUAAGGAGGAGGUGUAGCUUAGAUGGAAAGCAUGGUAAAAUAUGUAAGAUACAAAACAACUUUAGUAUGUUGUGUAUGGGUUCUUUGGAGAGAGCCAUUAAAGUAUGUAUUGACUGACUGAAUGUUCAGCAGCCAAGUACUGGACGAUGAAAGUGACCUUAUCAGCUAAUUUCAUUUUUAACUUAUAUUUGUAUGUUCU